CGCAACCGCAUCGCCUGCGACGCCUGCCACGCACGGCGCGUGCGUUGCGACCGGGCUUUUCCCUGUUCGCGCUGCCUCCGCAGUGAUAUUCAUUGUGAAUUCACCCGUGAACGUCGGAAACGAGGUCGUAUUGCGCGAUCGAAGCAGGCCAACACAAAUGGCGGGGGGACUGAAAAGUUAUCCGCUGCGCUUUCGAAUGGACGUGUCCCCGCACCCUCAACGGCGGAUGCGGCUGCAACACCGGCACCGAAUGGCUCUCCAUCAUCCAGUUUUCCGCACCGGUCACCGGGGACGAACGAGAUGACGGCCUCCGCGCCGAGUGUCGAUGAGCGACGUUCGCAAGCGGAGCUACCAAUGCCCCCACGAAAGCUGGCACCAGGGGGCAAUGUGACGGAAGAAUGGUUGGCAGCAGCACAUGUGUCUCCGGGCUCAUACGAUUUCUUGGGCGGAGGGUUGGGGGAGGGACCUUUCCCCCGAAUGUUUGAUGUAUGGAGCGGGGUGGAUUUGUCCAACAAUAGCGGUCCCACGCCGCAAGGAGCGAAAGUGUCGGGAGUGGGCCAAACGCCGGGAGUUCCUCCGGCCUCACUGAAAUAUCCGGUCUUGCAGCCGUUGAUGCCGUUUUUGGAUGCGAACCUGCCCCGGAGGCUGGUUUUUGAUUUGCUCGAGCUGUAUUUUACCAGUGCUUUUUCGACCCAUAUGCAUCCGGUGUGCCAUCAUAUCCAUUCCUAUAUCUUGCGCAAAGCCUCUUUCCUCAGUCGCGAUGCGCCUCGCCCCAGCACGCCGGCACUGUUAGCUAGUAUGUUAUGGGUGGCGGCGCUGGAUGACCGGGCUUUUGCCUUGUCGAUUUCGCCGCAGCAGCGGAAGAACAUCUGCCAGUUUCUUUGCGCACUCACGAUCCGUUUACUGAGACCCUUGAUCCAUGUGUCCUUCAAAGACCAGGGUGCAUCGCUGAGUGAGCCGGUGGGUCAGGAAUUGCCCCCGACCACGGUCCAUCAUCCGUUUGAAGGGGGCGGCGAUGAUCGGGGCCUGGUGGGACCGGCGGGAUCGCUGGAUGAUGUGAUCACCUAUAUCCAUGUAGCGUCCAUCAUCUCAUCAAGUGAGCAGAAAGCGGCUAGCAUGCGAUGGUGGCAUGCGGCGUUUACCCUGGCGCGUGAACUCAAGCUAAAUCAGGAGAUCGAGGUGUUACCGAACGUGGAUACUCAGACGGAAGGGUCGAGCCCAUCGUUCGAUUAUGCGUUACCGGGUUGGAAUGGUGUGGACACCAGACCCUUUUUUGACUACUCGAAUCCAACCCGACCGAGCCUAAAUUGUGUUUGUGACCGCCAUGACAUGCAGAACACGAUCACUGAAGAGCACCGCGAGGAGCGUCGUCGGGCGUGGUGGUUAUUGUAUAUCAUGGAUCGUCAUCUGGCGUUGUGCUACAACCGGCCAUUGGCAUUACUGGACGCGGAAAGCGAAGAUCUACUUUUGCCUUUGGACGAAGGAUCCUGGCAGUUGGGGAAUAUCCAUAGUAAUAGUCCUCGACCCGAUGGGCCACAGUGUUUACUGUCUGGCGACAAAAAUAAACGUCGCGUUUUCCCGAAUUUCAUCUGCCACGACCACUCGAUUUUCGGCUUUUUUCUGCCACUUAUGACCAUUACUGGAGAGCUGAUUGACUUAAAUCAGUCUCGCAAUCAUCCGAUGCUCGGAGUGCGACUGAGCGGGAAGGAUGCGUGGGAUGUCCAUGUCAAUGAAGUCUUGCGACAGCUGGAGAUGUACAAAGCCAGCCUGACGGCUUUUGCCGCCACUGCCUCGGAUCCCGAGGCCCCACUUUCGUAUGCAUAUCCGCCGCCCAAGCCGGAUAAUGGAGUUGAUCCCGCCCUUACCCAAGCAUAUUCCUGGCAUACCCAAACGGUGAUCUCCUAUGCGUCGUACCUGGUGCACGUUCUGCAUAUUCUCCUCGUGGGCAAAUGGGACCCGGUCUCUUUGAUCGAAGACAAAGAUUUCUGGACAUCCUCCCCUGCAUUUGCCUCUACAAUUUCCCAUGCGUUAGACGCCGCCGACUCGGUGGACCAGAUCCUCCGGUUCGAUCCUGAUAUUAGCUUUAUGCCGUAUUUCUUCGGCAUCCAAUUAUUGCAAGGCAGCUUUUUGCUGCUCCUGAUCGUCGAACGUCUGCAGAAGGAAGCGGGCGAAGGUAUCCUGAACGCAUGUGAGGUGAUGAUCCGUGCGACUGAAUCAUGCGUCGUGACGCUCAACACCGAGUAUCAGCGCAACUUCCGGCAAGUGAUGCGCAGUGCCGUUGCUCAGGCGCGCGGGCGCCCUGUCAAUCAUAGCGAAAUCCGGCACCGGCGGAAGGCCGUGUUAGCCCUCUACCGGUGGACACGAAAGGGAACCGGACUAGCCUUGUAAAUUAGGGCUUGCGUGCAUGCCAAUGUCGAUAGGGUUCUCGGCUCUGUGACCGGGCCUAUCAGUGUGCAGGAUCUGACCCAGCUCCUACUGCAGGAAGGGGUGCUAGUGGACCUAGUUGGGAUAAUAUAGUAGACAUGCAGCUCGGUCUGUCGUCAUACCGCGUAUGCGGCGGGUGUUCAGCUAUGGUGUUCAAGCUAGACACGUUCUACAGAACUCCGUGCUAUGCUGGGGAUGUAUAUAUUGAUUAUGAUGUUGCGUAUAUUGACGUCUGUAUAUGUAUGUGUAGUAUGAUUGAUAUAAUGAAGUCUAUACCGAGAGUAUCUUUGUCCACCUUCAUUCAUUCAUCUGAGAAUAGACC